AUGGAGUCAAUUUCUGCAACAUCCCUUUUGGGGCAUCGACCGGUUUAUGGAGGCUAUUGUUUCAAGGAUGUUUCUAGCAAGCGAAAGCAGGUUGAUGAUUUCCGGCUUCCUUUUACAGAAUUUCUACGUGGGAAGGUUUCGCGGGGAUUGCGAGUUGAUCGAAAAACAGUGUCAUUGGUAAAGGCUCAGGCAAUGGAAUUGACCAAAGAGGCAUAUUCCUAUAGAGAGAAUGUGAAAAUACCGAAGGAUCUCGGAUAUGGGAUUGAUACUGGUGUUGAUUUUAGACCGGGGUUGUGGCCACCGGAGAACAGGGCGGAUAAUCGCGCACUUCACAAUCCAUUGCUUCGGCAAGAAAGGAUGGGUUGUGGGUGGCUAGGUGCUAUAUUUGAGUGGGAAGGUGUGUUAAUUGAAGACAAUCCUGAUCUUGAGAGCCAGGCCUGGUUGGCUCUUGCUCGGGAAGAAGGGAAAUCCCCGCCUCCGGCUUUUAUGCUUCGGAGGAUAGAAGGAAUGAAGAACGAGCAGGCAAUGUCAGAAGUUCUCUGCUGGUCAAGAGAUCCAGCGGGGUUGAAGCGAAUGGCUUCUAGGAAAGAGGAGAUUUACCAAGCACUGCAAGGUGGGAUUUAUAGAUUUCGCUCGGGUUCCCAAGAGUUUGUGAAUGUUCUGAUGCAUUACAAAGUACCCAUGGCUUUGGUCUCGACUCGCCCAAGAAAGUAUAUUGAGAUAGCAAUGAGAGCUAUUGGUAUUGAAGGGGUCUUUAAUGUUAUUGUAGCAGCAGAGGAUGUCCACAGGGGGAAGCCUGAUCCUGAGAUGUUUGUGUACGCAGCACAGCUUCUUCAAUUCAUACCAGAGCGGUGUAUUGUGUUUGGGAACUCAAAUCAAACAGUUGAGGCUGCACAUGAUGCUAGGAUGAAAUGUGUAGCUGUUGCUAGCAAGCACCCUGUAUACGAGCUUGGGGCUGCUGACCUUAUUGUGAGGCAUCUUGAUGAGCUCUCGAUAGUCGAUUUAAAGAAUCUUGCAGAUAUAGAGUCAACUGAGUUCGGGUCUGGGGAGCCAGAAUUAGAGAUGGAGGAAGAAGCUGAUCCGUACCCGUCUUCAUCUGUAGGCAUUGAUGUUGAUUUCUGGUGA